UAGCUGGUAACUCGCCUACAAGAUAUCGCGAGGUCUAUUGCGGAAGUAAGCCCUUUGACUUUCGCUUCCUCGACGGAAGCGUGUCACAAUCUGGCGGUCGACUCUUAGCGGAAGUUCGUCACGUCGCACUUGCCUCCGUUCAGCGGAUGUGUGUCGCCGCUUAGGUGACGCUGGGAAGUGCUUGCAGCCUCCGUCGCUGCCUUCUGGUUGAAGCACUAUGGAGGGAGAGAGGAAGAACAACAAUAAACGGUGGUAUUUUACUCGAGAACAGCUGGAAAAUAGCCCGUCCCGUCGUUUUGGCGUGGACCCGGAUAAAGAACUUUCUUAUCGCCAGCAGGCGGCCAAUCUGCUCCAGGACAUGGGACAACGUCUUUACGUCUCGCAAUUGACUAUCAACACUGCUAUAGUAUACAUGCAUCGAUUCUAUAUGAUUCAGUCCUUCACACAAUUCCAUCGAAAUUCUGUGGCUCCAGCAGCCUUGUUUCUAGCAGCUAAAGUAGAAGAACAGCCAAAAAAAUUGGAACAUGUCAUCAAGGUAGCACAUACUUGUCUCCAUCCUCAGGAAUCACUUCCUGAUACUAGGAGUGAGGCUUACCUGCAACAAGUUCAAGAUCUGGUGAUUUUAGAAAGCAUAAUUUUGCAGACUUUAGGCUUUGAGCUAACAAUUGAUCACCCACAUACACAUGUAGUAAAGUGCACUCAACUUGUUCGAGCAAGCAAGGACUUAGCACAGACUUCGUACUUCAUGGCAACCAACAGCCUGCAUUUGACCACAUUUAGCCUGCAGUACACACCUCCUGUGGUGGCCUGUGUCUGCAUUCAUCUGGCUUGCAAGUGGUCCAACUGGGAGAUCCCAGUCUCAACUGAUGGGAAGCACUGGUGGGAGUAUGUUGACGCCACUGUGACCUUGGAACUUUUAGAUGAACUGACACAUGAAUUUCUACAGAUUCUGGAGAAAACUCCCAAUAGACUCAAACGCAUUCGGAAUUGGAGGGCAUGCCAGGCUGCCAUGAAAACAAAAGCAGAUGACCGAGGAGCAGAAGAAAACACUUCGGAGCAGACUAUCCUCAAUAUGAUCUCCCAGAGCUCUUCAGACACAACUAUUGCGGGUUUAAUGAGCAUGUCAACUUCUACUACAAGUGUAGUGCCUUCUCUUCCAGUCUCUGAAGAGUCAUCUAGCAACUUGAGCAGUGUGGAGAUGUUGCAAGGCGAGCGUUGGCUUUCCUCCCAGCCUCCUUUUAAACUAGAACCUGCUCAGGGUCAUCGGACUAGUGAGAAUUUAGCACUUAUGGGAGUUGAUCAUUCCUUGCAGCAAGAUGGUUCAAAUGCAUUUAUUUCCCAGAAGCAGAAUACUAAGAGCGUGCCAUCAGCUAAAGUGUCACUGAAAGAAUACCGUGCAAAGCAUGCAGAAGAGCUGGCUGCUCAGAAGAGGCAAUUGGAGAACAUGGAGGCCAAUGUGAAGUCACAGUAUGCGUAUGCUGCUCAGAAUCUCCUGUCUCACCAUGAUAGCCAUUCUUCAGUCAUUCUGAAAAUGCCCAUAGAGGGUUCAGACAACCCUGAACGGCUUUUUCUGGAAAAGGCCGACAAAACAGCUCUCAAAAUGAGAAUCCCAAUGGCAGGUGGAGAUAAAGCUGCCUCUUCAAAACCAGAGGAGAUAAAAAUGCGCAUCAAAGUUCAUGCUGCAGCUGACAAGCACAAUUCUUUAGAGGACAGUAUUACAAAGAGCCGAGAAUACAAAGAAAAGCACAAGACUCACCCUUCUAAUCAUCAUCACCAUCAUAAUCACCAUUCACACAAGCACUCUCAUGCACAACUUCCGGUUGGUACUGGGAGUAAACGUCCAGGUGAUCUAAAACAUAGUAGCCAGACAAGCACCUUAACACACAAAACCUAUAGCUUGUCUAGUUCUUUUUCCUCUUCCAGUUCUACUCGUAAAAGGGGACCCCCUGAAGAGACUGGAAGUGCAGUGUUUGAUCAUCCAGCCAAGAUGGCUAAGAGUACUAAAUCCUCUUCCAUAAAUUUCUCCUUCCCUCCACUUCCUACUAUGGCCCAGUUGCCUGGGCAUAGCUCAGACACAAGUGGCCUUCCCUUUUCACAGCCCAGCUGUAAAACUCGAGUUCCUCAUAUGAAACUAGAUAAAGGGCCCAGUGGAGCCAAUGGUCAUAACACAACCCAGACAAUAGACUAUCAAGAUACUGUGAAUAUGCUUCACUCCUUGCUCAGUGCCCAGGGUGUUCAGCCCACUCAGCCCCCUCCGUUUGAAUUUGUUCAUUCUUAUGGUGAAUAUCUGAAUCCACGGGCUGGUGGAAUCUCCUCCAGAUCUGGCAAUACAGACAAGCCCCGGCCACCACCUCUACCUUCAGAGCCGCCUCCACCACUUCCACCCCUUCCUAAGUAAAAAAGAAAAAGAAGAGAAAAAAACUUCUUUUAAAAAAAGUUUUUUUUUUUUUUUUUUUGACUACUGAUUCUGGACUAAGAAUUACUUCCCUUAUGAAAUAAGUCGCCCUUCUUGGACUAGGGAAUAAAUUGACAAUGAGACGUAAGUGGGAGGGUUGUGGAGGGCCUUGGUUAUUAUAUCUGCUGUCUUACACAUUUAACUUUUAUUACAAUUUUACUUUUAUUAGAGAGAUGGGAAUGUGUUGAAGCUGUGAAGGAUUAAGAAUACUUUUUCUAUUCUUGGGCCUCUCCACCUUCCAAUUAGGUUGAUCGGAGCUGGUAUCUUUCCUCUUCUUGCCAGAACUGAAAUAUGGAGGGUUUGUCUUAUCAAAAAUUGUGGAUCCUUUUGGUGUUUAAUAUAACAGAAGAGAGGAAGUAUUUAAACGUCAAAAUCUUUUAAGAGACUUUAAAAAAGUAAUUUAAAGAAAUCUACUAGAGAGACCAUGGUUGAUCUUGAGAACAUAAAAGAAGGAAGAGACAUGCAUCUGACGUGGCAUUUUCCCUGCUCUUUAUGUUGUAAUUGAGAGUAGCCCUCUAAUUUCUAGUUUGGGCAAGUGCUGCCAAUGGCUUGACUCUUAAGUUCAUUAUGAAAACUUCUUUUCUACCCCUCUUUUCAUUUUGAUGCAAAAUGGGUGGGGUUGAGGAAGGAGGGUUGGUGAGCCAGGCUGGCUUCUGCCCUGACUGAAUUGGGUGUGUCUUUUUCCCUGUUGGGCUUUUGGAAAGUAUUCCAAUAAGAGAGGAGUCUCAGGGUCUCUGAAGGGGAGGGAAAUGUGCUUGCUAUAUAUAUCCUGCCUAUGAAAGCCAGACCAUAUGUGAGAAUAGUUCUGGGAGAAGCCAUGGAGCUAGAGGAUAUAAAAACAAUGAAAUUGUUAUUUGGAAUUUUUAGGACAUUGUAUUUUAAAUUAUAUUAUGAAUGUAAGACUUGCUUUUUAAAAUCUGUAUAUCUGAAGGGAAACAGCUGUAUCCUCAAGUUUUUGCUGCCUAUGUUACUUGAGAAAUUGGAGUUUGUUAACAGUACUAAUGCAGUGAGAGCAAGUAAGCCUAGCCAACAGAUACUGUUGUGUUUAGAUUGUUCAUCUUUGGUGGUUUAAGGUUCUAGACAGAAAUUCUUGAGAUUUCUAUGAGCCCUUUAAAAAAAAUAGGUUAGAAGUCCUUUUAUUACGGGGGCUUGAUCAUCCCAUAUGUUAGGAGGGAACGUUUUUGAUGAGGAAAGAAAUUUUUCAAGGAAUCUUGGCUAGAAAAAAUUCUAAGCCAAGCUGUCACACUGAAAACCACCUAGCCACAGAGGAUUUAAUGGGAUAUUCUUUGGUCGUUGUGGCAUUUUUUUUUUGCUGUAGAAGAAAUGGUGCAAUUUGAAUUUCUUGUUCUUAACAGAGCUUCCUUCACGCCAAAUAGUCUUUAGGGAGAAGUUGAAUUCUUUUCAUUGGAAGUUAAGGGGAAAGUGGAGUUGUAUGUGUCCUGCUCUUCGCCAGAAACCAUUUGGGAAGAAAACUAAGGCAGUUGGAAUUAAUGAUGUACUGUCCUAAUAUAGAAAGGAAUUUAUAGGAAGGGGUUAGUGUCUUGCCUCUCCACGUAUUUGACCUGUCUAUAGAGUGCCUGCCAUUACUCAGUAAAACAAGGAGCUCUCUUGACUUAUGAACCAGUAAUACAACUUGACUUGGAAUGUCACUUUGCUUUUAGAUAACAUUUUCUUCUUUCCCCUUAAUAUUUUCUGUGUUAUGUCACAUAAUUGGUAGAUGUGUGGUUGUGUUUACUUAAUUUAGGCUUCCUGUUUACAUAAAUUUUGUUGGGUAACAUCUGUUUUCCUUCCUGACCUUUCCAAGGGGUAUAUGCCAUUUAGAUUGCAUCUGUAUCUUUGUGGGAUUGAUGAUCACUGCUUUGAUUCUGAGAAAUGUUUUUUCCAGCGUUUAAUUAUUCUUAUGUCACAUACUUCUGAGUCACAUGCACUCCUCCACUGAGGUGCAUAUCCACUUGAUUUUAUAGCAGUUCCCCAUAGCAGUACUGGAGUUGAGUUCCUUAGACUGUUGUCAGGAAUGAAAUAGGAACAAGUUCUCACAAAGGCAUAAGAGCUGCUUUAUGCUGCGUGGUCUGAUCUUUGCACUAGUGGAUCAUUGCUGGUACAGGUCGGUUUGGAGAUCUUUCUAUAUUAAUGCUGCCUGGUACUGUCUUAAGAUGCAGUGUCUGCUUUUAGAUCUAUGCAUAUGUCAUGAACCUCCUUACGGGUUCUAUAUGAAGCUGCUGUAUUGUCUUGGGGUAGCAGAUGGGCCUGUCGACUAGCAUUCAUAUCGUCCAAAUCCAUAAAUUCAGUUAAAACCUUACUGAGUUUUAAUUGAGUUUGGGCUGUAUGGUUUCUGAGCACUUGUGUGUCUUCCCUAUUCUCACCUUCAAAGGGUAAGAAGUGGGAUUUAUACAUCCGGAGUUAGCCUAGUAAAUAAGGCUUUUGUUUUUUCUUUUAGCUUAGACUGACAAGGAUAAGUGAAGGUGGUAAGUAGGCCUGGAGCCUCAAGUUCUGUAAAUCUCAUUCCUAAACUUUGCUUGACUCUCAUGUUAACAAAAACAAAUACCUGUGGAUUGUUCCUAGGGUUUUAAAAUCAGAUAUCUGUGUUGCUGUUAGAACGCUAGCGAAACAUUAAUCUAAAGCCAAUUUGGUCUUUUAAAGUAUGUUAUGCUUUUUGGGUAUAGAAAAUAUUUAGAUGUUAGUCUAGACUUCUCAUUCAUCAAUCAAUGUAUUUCCAUAUUAGAGACCUUU